ACUGCUAAUGGCUAUCACGGCUCGUCAGCUCUUGCUCUCUUUUCUCUUAAUCUGUAUGUGUUUGCGCUGCGCCAACUGGCAACUGAAAGACUGUCGUCAGCGAGGCCGAGCAGCGCAUUCACGCGGCGGAGACUCUGCUGCACCUCAUCACAUAGCAAAGCCGCACUCACCUCUGCCCUGGCAAAACCUCACAACUUACACACGCAGAAGACGUUGAAAUCCACAAUCAAAA